GAUCUGCGCAUGCGCAUGCUAAAACUCCUGUUUUUAGGAAGUCAGAAACUCUGGCGAAGCGACUUUUCCCUUCUGGCCUGUAGGAAUAUUUACGGAUCGUUAAAUGAAGAAUUUCAUUACAAAUCUCACAUUUUGAGAACAAAGAAGAGCAUCGUGUAACGUUACUUGUAAUAAGACCCAAACUGCAAUGUUAAAGAGCGAUAUACUUCUUCUGCUCACCUGGAUCUGAUAUUUGUGUAGAUGACUGAUAUCUGACUGAAGAUCCUCCUGAAUCUCCAGACUGCUGUUGUCGAUCAUGUGGAUCCUGCUGUGUUUGAGCUUCAUUUCAGUCAUGACAGACUCUUGCACGAGCCACAGUUCGUUCACAUGUGAGCCAGUGCGUGUGCAGUGGUGUCAUGGCAUGCCUUACAACAGCACGUUUUUCCCCAAUAUGCUUGAACAUUAUGACCAGGACAUCGCUGCCAGUAUGAUGGAGCCCUUCAUGCCCUUGGCUAACCUGCGGUGUUCCCCUGACGUGCAUCUCUUCCUCUGUCAAUCAUUUGUUCCUGAGUGCACAGAACACACGCAUGUCCUGCGUCCGUGUAGAGAGCUGUGCGAGCGCGUGGUGUCUGACUGCAGCAGGGAUAUGCUCACGUUUGGAAUCAGCUGGCCUUCAGAAUUGCAGUGUGACAGAUUGGAAUCAUGCCACUUUUCUCCUGCUGGUUCUGCCGUUUCGCCUAUCGAAGACGCAACCAUGCCCAGAAACUCUCUCACUGCCAAUCGGGACCUGGGUUUCUGGUGCCCUCUUCAACUGAAGACUCGCCCCAGUCAGGGCGGCUCUUUUCUCGGGGCUCAAGACUGCGCGCCUCCAUGUGACAACAUGUACCUGAAAGCACAUGAAGUUCACUUUGCUAAGACCUUCAUUGGCGUGUGCUCUGCUGUGUGCUUGUGUGCGACCCUCUUUACUUUUUUAACCUUCCUCAUUGAUGUGAAGAGAUUUCGCUACCCAGAGCGGCCCAUUAUCUUCUACGCCGUUUGCUACAGUUUCGUCUCUUUAAUCUAUUUCGUCGGUUUUCUGUUGGGUAACCAGGCCGCCUGUAACAAGCCUAGCUCACCAGGGCGCGUGUCGACUGUGGUACUGGGCACCCAGAACCGCGGCUGCUCGCUACUCUUUAUGCUGCUGUAUUUCUUCUCAACCGCAGGAAUGGUGUGGUGGGUCAUUCUGACCAUCACGUGGUUUCUAGCGGCGGGGCCCAAGUGGAGUUGCGAAGCCAUUGAGAAAAAAGCAGUGUGGUUCCACACGGUUGCCUGGGGACUUCCUGGAGCACUCACGAUCGCCCUGUUGGCGCUGAACAAAGUCGAGGGAGACAGCAUCAGCGGCGUGUGUUUCGUCGGCUUGUACGACCUGCCGGCGCUGCGCUGGUUUGUUGUGGCUCCUCUGGCAGUGGGGGUGCUGGCCGGCCUCUCGCUGCUACUGGCGGGAAUCGUGUCUCUCAACCACGUGCGUCAGGUGAUCCAGCACGACGAACGGAACCAGGAGAAACUGAAGAAGUUCAUGAUCCGCAUUGGAGUGUUCAGCGGUCUGUAUCUUCUGCCUCUGCUAACGCUGCUCGGCUGCUACCUGUACGAACAGGCUCGCCGUGGCACCUGGGAGAAUACCUGGAUCAACGAGCGCUGCCAGGAAUACGGCAUUCCCUGCUCCUACAGUAGGACUGAUGUGGACCGUCCUGAGCUCUCGCUGCUUCUUAUGAAGUAUCUCAUGACGCUGAUUGUGGGAAUAUCAGCGGUGUUUUGGGUGAGCAGUAAGAAAACCUGCUCAGAGUGGGCAUCAUUCUUCACCAGAACUCGCAAAAAAGAUCCCAUUAGCGAGAGUCGUCGUGUUCUGCAAGAGUCCUGCGAGUUUUUCCUCAAACACAACAGCCGCGUGCAACACAAAUCAAAGCACUACAAGCCAUCCUCGCAUAAACUCAAGGUCAUCUCCAAGUCCAUGGGCACCAGCACAGGCGUUCAUACGCCUGUGGCCAGUAACCAUGACAACACAGUAGUGUCUGCGGCCAUCAGCCAGAACCUCUCAGAUCGCCAUCAUUCCUCCGAGACGUCUGCAAGAGAACGUGCCGAGCCGACGCCGGCCGAGAGAUGCGGUUCCAGUCACAUCAUCAGUCACGCCGAAAGCCUCCGCAGGAUGACUGUGAAAGAGAGUUUGCUGGAGACUGGACAAUGCCCCGCUCAUGGCAUCAAUUCCCAAUGAAAUCUCAGAAUGGCUGUGACGUCUGGGUGUGACUCAUUCUCUGUGGUUACUCUUGAUCUGUGUAUGCAGCAUUGGAAGAUUGACUGAAAUUCCUGUCAUGCGUUCAUGCAGUUGAAAUCUUGAUGGUAGGAUACCUUUUUUAGACUUUCAGAUUUAUAAGGACAACAUCAACUUGUCUGCAUUUCUGGAGCGGCAGGUUAGGUAUUGCACAUUCCUUUCCUUUUUCAUCACUGGAUAUUAGUCGUAACACUGGAUUUUGGCCUGAAACAACAAGAACUGAAGUCACUGGAAAGGAUUUGUGCUUGGUUUAAAGUUGUAUAUGAUUCUUGAAAUGCAUGAAAAAGUGGAAAAAGCUGGACGGAGUUCAAGUGUACGGAGUCAUUUGCAAACAUUUGUACAAGAAAUUUAAAGCUCCACUGUGUAAGAUCUACUCCCAUCUAGCGGUGAAAUUCUAUAUGACAACCAACUGAAUAUACUUUCUAGCCCCCCCCCAUUCGGAAUGCGUUUUAACUCGUACGGUGUCCGUGUCAUGCCAAGGUUAACAUGGCUUCCAGUAGCUACAAAGCAAAAGCAAUGAAAAAAAAUGAACAAUUUGCAAUGUCCUUUGCCUGUUAUCCAUCAAAGCGCACAGAUUUAUGUUAAACAUGGAAAAAGUCUGAUUGUCAUGAUAUGUCCGCUUAAAAUCACAUACAAAAAGCAACCAUAAACGUAGCUUAGACACUCCUUUUUCAUCAACGCGAGGAAAAAUAUCCCAGGGGCUGUUACACUUGGUAUUAAGAUGUGUUUUCGUCGAUCGGAUCACAAGUGGAUGAGAGAGACACAUCACGUUUACACUUGGUGUUUUAAUCCGUCUCUUUUUGUCCAUUUUCGACCGCUUCUCUCGAGAUUACUGAGGGGAUGGUCUGUGGACGAGUCCCUCUCCUGUCAUUUAAUCAUGAGCCGGAGUAAUGACGGGUUUAAAUGGACGCAAACUAAUAUUAUGUCAGAGUCCAAUGCUUAUGUUUUAAGUAAACGUUACAUGUCCCUGUAUAUGUAAGAGCUUUCUCUGAUAUUGGUGAAAUAAGACCGCUCAACUUUCACACGCUUGUAAUAUGAAACGAAAGACGCGCAGAUCAGUUUUAUCAAUGAAAGGCUAAAAAUAGGGCUGUCACCAUGUGUUUGUGCUAAAGGUCAGAGAAGAUGAAAAACAUUUAUCUCAGUACCUCAGAUUACAUAAAUGGGCGGAGAGACGGCGUGUGGCUGUUCGAACACAUUAAACCACAUGCGUUUUUACACUAACUGCAGUGUUUCCCACAGAUCUGAAAUUUACUUGUGGUGGUAGCUGGUGAAAAGGGCAAUCAUUAUUAUCCACCAACAAAAAAUGGUCUACUAUACAUGUAACAAAGAACUAAUAAUGUGUGACACAACACAAUACUUUGAUUUAUAAAACAUUCAUAUUAAUUUCACAUUAUAGUUCAUUAAUCCAACCACCCCAAACUUUUUUUGCCAUAAACAAAGCUGACACUGUUUGUCAAAGCACCACGAAAACACUUUAUGUUUUUGCACUGAUAUAUGAAGCAAUUUGAUGACCCCUAUUAUCAAACUCAAUUAUAUACAAUACUAUGUAUACUAUAGCCUAUAUAGACAGUGCAGGUCUAUAGAUUAUAAAUGUGACUGAUGUUAUAAUGGUAAUAAUUUCUAUUAGACAGGCACUUUUACUGCUUCUGCUUUCUAUUUCUCUUUUGCCGAUUAAAAAAGCUUAAUCCACUAAUUAUUUCAGAUUUAAAAGUCUACUUGCUGUCCCGAUGACAGACUUUACAUUACAGCUUUGCGUUUUUUAUAUCCUGAGUCAGCUAGAGCUUUGCUCAUUCAGUAUUAGCACUGCUUUUUGCUACAAUCUCUGUGCAAACUGUUUAGAUUUUAGUAAAGAUAUUGUCUAUUAAUAGUAAGAUUAAAAAAUGGGAUAAAGAAAAUGAAGCGGCGCGUGGUCGUGACAAGAGCCAGUUGCUAUCGCCAUAGAAACCGGAGGCACGCUAAAACAGCACUCGAGCUUUAGCGCGGUAGCGCUCACGGCCGUUCUCCGAUCGACUCGGGUUUACACACAAUAUUAAUCAGACUUGGGACCCGAAGUAAUGAACUAGGACCGACCCGGACCCAUCUGACCAUUUAAAAUAUAAACCCAGAACCGUACGGGUCCCGCGUCCUCAGUGAAAAAAGACCUCUAAUGGUAAAACUCUGCUCAAGUUCAGAAACAUGAAAGGAUACAAUGUGACACUGAGGUUGCUUCGCGUCGCGCCCAAUUCAUUGAGAAACAGAGAGCACGUGAACGGACACUCAACCGGAGAGACACAACGUGCUUGCACGCAAAAUGAAGCCAACUUAGAUGCUAUAAACACAUAUGCACAUAAGCAUAUGCGACCAUUUUGGUCGCAGUGUGUUCCCUGGCUGCUCCGUAUGUGCUGCUGCAGUUGAUCCAGUUUGCCGCGCUGGAUGAUGAGUUUAUGACGCGUGCAUCAUCUUCACGGUCACCCGACCCCCACCUCUCUGUCGCGCUCUCUCUCUCGCGCUCUCUCUCUCGCGCUCUCUCUCUCUCUCUCUCUCUCCAAAACACGGGUCAUCCAGUCGAGUUCAGAAAAUACGGAAAUUCGUAAAGUGAUUUUUUUUUUACCUGGGCGCAUCGCAAUUUACCUGGGCGCAGCGCCCAAGUAGAGCCUAUGUAUGGGAAACACUGAACUGCAUAACCAAGGAACUAUAAAACUUCAAGUUUACAACAUAGACUGUAUAGAUGUAAACGAAUAUGCUGAAUUACCUGUGGAGAAUAUAGAAAGUAGCAACUUCAUUGUCCCUUGAGCCACAUCUUGGAAAACUAACUCCAAUAGUGACUUUGGUCUUGAUGUUUUUCCUGUCGCGUUGUCGUUUAAAAUCCCCGUUUCGCUUCCUUGGCGACUUGUUUUAAUGUCCUCGAGAAUAUGUCUUCAACAGGCUUUCAAAUCAAAGCAUUAGAUUGCAGGUUCAUCGCGGUGUGCGGCUGUUGUAAAAUCCGAAGGAUUCAGCUACGCAGGUCACAGGCUGGAUACGUCAUCAAGCCUGGUUUAUUUAAAUCAACUGAGCAUUACAUUCGCAAGUCAUAAGCAUAUUACAUCAAUUUACAAUUAACUAAGAAUAAUUGUCAGCUUUAUAAUUGUUAAUAUUCUGAAAUAAGACUGUCUUGAUGACGUAUACCGCCUUGGGAGGCUUCAGCUAGCGGCCAGUGUGAGUGUAGUCUGAAAGCGCGAAAGGCGGAGCUUGAAUUUCAGGAAUGUCCCUCGUCGGCGAAUGUAUUUCAAAGAUGGAGGCACAACAUGGAUGCGCCAGUCGAGCGAUUCGACCGUAUGUAUUUUAAAUAGCAGAUUCUACACUUACGAGAAUACUUUGAUUAGUGGGGUGGAAGUAAUUACACAUGAAUGAGCACAUACUUUUGAAAGAAAACAUGGGUUUUUGCUAAGAAUUAACUCAAAAAAGUACACAGUGGAGCUUUAAAAUGAUCAAAGCUGAGAAAGUAAUGUUUCUCUAGGCUUGACCCCAAAUUAGUCAAAAUAGCUUUUUUGAGCUUAGAAUAACUCAUUUCACGCACAAAAUCUGAUUGUGUAGUUUGUUUAGUGUGUUGUGAUUCAAUAGCAGCUUAGUUUAGCAGAGCUGUUUGAGCCAAAGCUGGCGACUGAUGUAUUCCUGGGGGCGGAGUUUAGUCAAAAAAAACUACUCUUCUGACAUCAUUAAAGCAGGAAAUGGAGGGCUGUAGUCCAAACCGGCCGUUCGCUGUUGGCUUUUAAAGAGGGAUUCUGUUAAAGAAAAUAUAUCGCCUGGCAGUGAACUUUGAGCUUUAUCAUUUUACAGGUAUUAUUUAUGCUAUUAUAGCAACAUUACACACUAACUAGGGUUUAAAAAAUGGGAUCAGGAAGAAUUAACUUUAACUCUUUCGCCGCCAGCAUUUUUUAAAAAGGUUGCUAGCCAGCGCCAGCGUUUUUCAUGAUUUUCACAAAAGUUUAAUGCCUUCCAGAAAAUGUUCUUCUUUAACUAUAUAAACAUACAAUAUACCAAAUGAAAGAACAGACCCUCUGCUUUCAAACAACCCCCCCCCCCAUUUCAUCCUACCUUCAGUAGUUCUUUUGUAAUCAGCUUUUGAAUAUGGCAGAGAUAAUUCCAUUCCUUUUCAUAGAGAUCCCAUUCAGAGCGAUCUUUAAAACAGACACGGACAUGCAGCCGCUUGCCAAGGGGCAAUACUUCCAGGUUUAAAAAGUUGCGGAAGGGCGCCACAUGGUGGAUAAUAGCGGUAUUGCGGUAAGCCAGAAAUAUUCGUCAUUGGCAGGGAAACGUUUUCUCUUGAUUGGCGAGAUAUCUCGUCAAUAGCGGCGAAAGAGUUAAAAAUCUAAUGAAAACUGUAGUCAGAACUCAAACAAACGAAAUAUUGUGUAUGCAUUGUCGGUGCAGUAAUAUUGACAGAAGUUUGAGCGAGAGCAGGAGUUCACAUGAGUAAUGAUGUUACUGUGGACUGAGGGCGAAAUGUCUUCGUUUAUAAUCACUGAUCAACGGGUCUUAACUGCGUUGGCGGAUCUAGAGAUUUUUGCUCAUGUAAAAUAAUUUACAAAGUUACGGUUUUCAUUGAAUGUGUUUUGUUGUCUACACAACAUUACACGGAGUGGGAGUCAAAUCAGAGAUGUAGCUGGGUUUUUGGAUGGUGUGGGUCUUAAUUUGUGAAUUGUGGACCCUUUCUCUGUGUAAUCACUAUCAACAGUCUGUGUAGUCUAUACCUAAAUUGUACUGCGUGAAAAAGCAAUUCUUGGGGGGUUUGGGGGUAUGCUCCCCAGGAGAUUUAAAACUUAAAAAAGAAUGUUUUUCAUAAUCUCUCAAACACACUAUCUUGUAAAAAGCGAUAUUUUAUGCAGAAAUAGAGUGUAAGUCAGAAGCUGCAUUUGCGGUGGACGCGCGUUCGCUGCGGGCGUAUCGUGACAUAUUGGACGCGCUCCGCCCUUGGGAGAAAAUCAGUUAAAAUCGAUUCCUUAUUUUUGUUUUCGAAACUUGUGUUGGUUGGUCCCGAUCGAUUGUCCAAUCGAUUUUCGAACAGCCCUACUUAUGACACCGCCUAGAUAUCUCAGUUUAAUUUGGCAUGUCGACCAUUUUUCAAAAAUGAAUAGUCAUACUCAUAGAUGCUGGGAAAGUGGAUGCAUGUCAAUUUUGUGACAGCAGUAGCUUAAACACACACAAGGAGCUAGACUAACGUAACGAUAGACCCUUAUCUGACCUGACAAUAAAAAAAAUAGAAAAAUUCGAUGAGACAACAAAGUAUUGCGGAUGUAAAUAACGUGUGGUUGUUGCAGGGUCUGCUUAUGGACUUUUUCAAACUUACCUCUAAACUCACUGCUAACUGCUUAUCAGCCUCUCUUCUUCAAGACACUGCAUUCGUACUGCAGACAGAUGCACUGUGCAGCCUCCCCAGACUGCCCUGCUGCCACACUAGUGAAAUUUUGUAGGCGUCCCUGCCAUGCUGGUGAUGGGUAAAACCAUUUUGAGGGGCCGGAGGGCCAUUUCUGUUUGAAAGGAGUUUGUUGAACUUGCGAGUCUCAGUGGCCUUCAACGUGUAGGCUAUGAACAUAAAAUAUAUUUAAAAAAUAUUAUCUGAUUUAUAAAUGGCAACAGGGGUGGCAAGACUGUAUCCCGUAGAUCCGCUCCUGCUUAACUGUAAAUCCCCUACACCUCAAUAAAAAAUGGGUUGCAAGAAAAAAAACUAAGUGUUCACUUAAAGAACCAUACGUUCUGCUAUGCGUUGCUACAAAGUCCUAGUACCCAUUUUACCUUAAAAAAUGAAGGGACUAUAACAGGUCCCUUAACGUCACACGCGAUGUCUGAUUUUAUGGUUAUUUAAGAAAAUUAAGAAGUAACACACAUUUCUAAUGAUCAAUAUAAUCCCUUCGAGAAAAGUUAUGCAUGUUUAUUAGGAGAAAAUUGGUUUGAUCGUCAGUCAAUCAAAAGUGCUUCAAGUUUUAAUUACUUUGAUGUUUUAUACAUGCAGUACUUUACAGUCGGUUAUUUGCGACUUUUCAUUGUACACAAAUCCGCCGUUUGUUGAGCUGCGUGCGUUGAUUUGUUUACACUCUGAGGUUUGGUAACUAGAGAAACCACUUUUCCAUUGUUGUGUUUUGACAGAAACUACCGCAAAAUGCUUAGUAUAAACACUUGGGUAAGGGUGAGAGUUAAAACGUUUGUUGCAACAAUCUUAAAGAAAUUGUUUGCCUCAGGAAUUUUUCCCCCCUCAGAAAACCCUCACUUAAGGAUUUUCAUGCAACCGGGCUCAGGUCUGGGAUUUUUGUUUAUCCAAACCAACUUACAGUAUGUGGAAGAUAUAUACUUUUUUUUUUCACUUGCAUAUCCCUAAUCCUAGGGGAUUCAAACCUUGUAAUGCUAAUGCAAUGCUCCACCAUUGCUCCAGGAACACAUUUGUAUAUGGACUUUACUUUCUGCACAAGGACAUUGUCAUGCUGGAACAGAAAAUGAUCUUUGCAACGAAGUUGCCUAGAAUAGGUUAAACCAUAUAAUUUAUGUUAACACUGCCUGCCUGUUUUAAUGAGUUACAAAAAAUGAAAUUUAAAGUAAAUAUAAAAGAGAUUAAAUGUAAUAUAUCUUAGUUAAUAGAUUUGAAUUGUUGUAUUCAAUGAUGCAUGUUCAUAUUGUGUACUGAAUCGUGCAAGUCAAAUACUGCUGUAGAAUUGUGAUCUAUGUUACAAUAUUUCAUCUGUAGGUUUUGACGCUUUUGUCAAUAUAUGUUUGGUUCUGUGUCCAUCAAGUUCAGAAUGUAGUGCUUUUUUGCAAAUCCUGAAAUGUUACUGAGAUCUUUGUUCACUGUCUGUAUUUCAACAUCUUUUAAUAAAGCUGUCAUAUUUUCCUUA